UCUGGGAUAGGGGCUGGCUGAGUUCAGCCUUAAAGAAAAACACCAUGUAAAAAAGUAUAAAAAGAGACGAGACGGACUCCUUUAGCUAUUUGUAUAAAUCAUUUUACUCCACGUGCUGGGAAAUACUCUGCUCUUACACAAAAGGCGAAUGGCAAGCGAAAUAACAGAAUAGAUCUUUCAGAGAAGGCAGUAGACAGGUACCAUGCAAGCGAACGAUGGUCCCAGCCACGUCCCCAUCUUCAUGCCCCCGCCCAACGGGAAGAGCCACCGCUCGCCGGGGUACGUCCCGGGCAGGAUCGCCCCCGUCCGCUCCCCACCGCCCCCAAAGAUCCCGGCCCCGCUGAAGCCCUCGUCGCCGACGGCGACGCCACCGGUGCGGCAGGCCACCUUCGCCUUCUCGGAGGAGGAGCAGAAGAAGGAGCACGCUCAGAGCCUGCUGAGGAGGAAGCGCACGCUCGUCUGCUUCGGCGUCUCGCUCGCCUCCUUCUUCCUGGUGCUCAUCCUGGUGCUCAGCCUGACCUCCGCCGACAUCCUGGAUGAAAACUGCCCAGACCACAACCCUUCCCUCAGUGGCUGGAACCCGGGUCAGAACCCUCAGCGAGCAGUCAUUAUCAGAAGGGGAGAUCUGUUUCGGCUGGACUCUUCUGCAACUCUGCACUCUAUAACCAUCCAAAGAGGAGGUCUACUUGUUUUCGGCGAUAAUGCAGAGGGCUCCAGAAACAUCACCCUGAGGUGUCGGCACAUCCUGAUCGAGGACGGGGGCGAGCUGCACAUUGGGGCGCCCAAGUGCCGAUACCGCUCGCGCGCCACCAUCUCUCUGAUUGGCCGCUCAGACGAGGUGGGCGUGUCCGAGGUUCUGGAGCUGGGCCGCAAGUUCAUCGGCGUGCGCGGGGGCGGCACGCUGGAGCUGCACGGGGUGGAGCGGCUGUCCUGGACCCUGCUCACUCGCACCGUCCCCUCCUCCGGGCUCACUACCGGCGGCUACGCCUUCCAGAAGAACUUCAGCCGCGGCAUCAACCUGCGGGUCAUCGACCAGGACACGGCCGCCGUGCUCUUCUCUGACCGCUUCGACACGCACGACUCCAGGAACGACAGUCGCCGGCUCCACGAGCUGCUUAAGGCGCUGCCCGCAGGGCGGAUCGUGGCCAUGGCUGUGGGAGACUCGGCCGCCAAAAGCCUGCUGGAGGAGACCAAGAGGACCAUCCAGAACCGGCUUGGCAGCAUCCACGUCAGUGACCUCAAAUACAGACAGGCGUGGGCUCUGGUCUCUGUGAUCGGCGGAGGGAACGGCUCCUGCUCAGAGGACGUGCGCGAGCACGAGAACCACGACACGGGGGGACAGGCGCUGGCACGCCGGGACUUUGUCACCGUGGACGGGGUCCGCUUCUCCGUCACCGCGUACAGCGAAUGGAGGAACGGUUUCCCCAUAUCCGGCUUCCAGGUGGAUGCUGUGGACCAGGUGGUGCUGAACCUGCAGGAUGAUGUGCGGAGCUGGAGGCCCGGGGACCGGAUCGUCGUGGCCAGCACAGACUACUCUAUGUACCAGGCCGAGGAGUUCACGCUGCUGCCUUGCCCAGAUUGCACCAAGUACCAAGUCAGAAUUCAAGGGAAGCCCCAGUUCAACCAUUCAGGGGAGAUCCUAGAUGGGAUUGAUAUGAGAGCGGAAGUGGCCCUUUUGACUCGCAACAUCCUAAUCCAGGGAGAGAUGGAAAACUCCUGCUACGGAACAAACUGGUGCCAGUUCUUCAGCUACGAUACCUUUGGAGGACACAUUAAGAUAUUCAGGAACUUUUCCUCUGUGCACCUGUCCCAUAUUGAGCUGAAGCACAUGGGACAGCAGCAGAAGGGUGGCUACCCUGUUCACUUCCACCUCUGUGGGGACGUAGAUGAAAGAGGGGGGUACAGCUCCCCCACCUACCUGGACUCGCUGUCGAUCCACCACUCCUUCUCCCGUUGUGUCACUGUCCACGCCACCAACGGUCUGCUGAUAAGGGACACAGUGGGCUAUGACACACUGGGGCACUGUUUUUUCCUGGAGGACGGCAUCGAACAGAGAAACACGUUCUUUCACAACCUGGGACUGGUGACUAAACCUGGUACCAUACUGCCAACCGACCGCAAUGAGACCAUGUGCACCAGUAUAAGAAACAAAGUGUACGGGAACUACGUCCCUGUGCCAGCAACAGAAUGCAAGGCUGUGUCGACAUUCUGGAUUGCCAACCCCAACAACAACCUCAUCAGCAAUGCGGCGGCUGGCUCCCAGGAUGCAGGGAUCUGGUAUGUGUUCCACAGUGCCUCCACCGGCGACUCCCACGGACUUGUCCCCGAGACAAGGGCAGAGCUGACCCCGCUGGGGAUAUUCUACAACAACCGGGUGCACUCCAACUUCAAAGCUGGCCUCUUCAUUGACAAGGGAGUGAAGACCACCAACGCCAGUGCCUCUGACCGCCGCGAGUACCUCUGCUUGGACAACAACGCCAGGUUCCGUCCCCAUGAGAAUGCGGAUCCAAACAGGCCGCGGGUCGCAGCCGUCAUAGACACGCUCAUCUCGUUCAAGAACAAUGACCUCGGAGCCUGGAUCCGUGGUGGUGACAUCAUCAUCCAGAACUCUGGAUUUGCAGAUAACGGCGUUGGAUUAUCAUUUGCAAGCGAUGGCACCUACCCGAAGGACGAGGGGUCCAGCCAGGAGGUGACCGAGUCCCUAUUCGUCGGCGAGAGCAAAAACCGUGGCUCCAACGGCGGUCAGAACAAGUACUGGGGCGUCGGUGGGGUGGACGGCAAACCCAGGACGCUGCCCAGGAACAAGACCUUCCCCAUUCGGGGCUUUCAGAUCUAUGAUGGUCCGGUCCGACUCACCAAAAGCACGUUCAGGAGCUACGUCCCAACCUCCGACCGGUUCACUUCUGCAGUGGGAUUCAACCUGAAGAACACCUGGCAACUCACUCCCAGGAACAACCUCUCCUCUGUCAGCUUCCUGCCCAGCGUGGCCCUGAAGGUGUUCUUUGGCAAACCAGGACAGUGGUUUGAGGAGAACGAGUUGGACGGGGAUAAAAACUCUAUCUUCCAUGAUGUGGACGGUUCUGUGACGGGGUACCCUGACUCAUACGUGGGGAGACUGGACAACUUCCUUAUCCGCCACCCCCAGUGUGUCAACUUCACCGAGUGGAACGGAGUGGUCUGCAGCGGCAGGUAUUCUCAGGUAUAUGUGCAGACCCAGGGGGCCCCAAACCUCAGUGUGUCCCUCAGCAGGGACGAGUACCCAGACAGGCCCAUGGUCCUCAGAGGCAUCAACAGCCAGGGGGCGCCGUCGCAGCAGUACCAGCCUGUACUGAUGAUCGGGAAGAGCUACACCCUCCACUGGAGCGGGAAGGCACCACGGGAGACCGUGCUGUCGCUCAUCAACUUUAAUCAGGGAGACUGGGUGCAGAUGGGGCUGUGCUACCCCACCGACACCACCUUCCAGAUCAUGUCCGACACCAACGACCGUCAGAGCAACGUCUUCGACAACAUCGAGGACUACGGUCCCGUCAGCUCCCUGGCCGAGCUUGAAAGGAGGCACCUGGACAGGAAGUACUACUUCGACAGAAGCACAGGGCUCCUGUGGAUGUACCUGAGGGCGAGGUACGGCCGGGACGGCUACAGCUACUGCUCGGUGAAAGGGUGCGAGAGGGUCAAGAUCACUGCCAUGACCCACUCCAAGCAGAUCUCCAACUGCAUGGCCAAAGCCUACCCAAAGCACACCAAGCCCCCGAGCGCCAUAGUACCCAUGCCAGAGCGGGUCACAGCGCCCUGCCAAAAGUGCGGAGCCUCAAAGCUGGUCUUCUCGAGUGACCCUGGAAACGUCUACCUCCAAGCGCAGAUCAAAUCCCUCAGCCACAGCGAGGAGCAGAAGGGCGAUACUGAAUCAUUCAUCAUUGUGAAUGGUGAGAAGCUGGCCUUCACCGAGCAGGGCUUCUUCCUGGUCACUGUGGACGCCUGCACUGGCAAGGUCACAAAGAAGUCAUUGUUCACCACGCUGGAUCCAAAAAUGGAACAGUAUUUGAAAACUGGAAUUCCGAGGAGGUCGAUAGUUCUUCUAGGCACCAGAGGCCAGCUCAGCGGACAGGCCGGCCUGGGGCAGCACCUGGUCCCUCUGGGAGCCGCCAAGGCAGCAGAUCUUCAUGAGAAAGAAAGCUUGGCCUUCUUCGGGUUUCAGGGGUCCCAGGAGAGACCCCCCUGGGCUGGUCUCUUCACAGCGCAAGGAACGGAAACCCUUGGGAUUCUGGAGAAGUUCCUCCCUGUUGGGCUGGAAGAGUACUCCUGCACGCCUGCCAACCAACCAAAACGGAAAGAUCUAGAACUCCUACAGAGGGCUUUACACAACAAUUAAACUCUUUUUUUUCCAAAUGUGAAAAUAGUAAGAAUGUGAACUCAUGAACUUUAUUUAUUUAUGGCAGAAAUGUUUACGGUGUUCAAAGGGUAUUUUUGCGUUUCGUCGCGAACCUUGCGUUCUCGGUUGCCAUGUGAUGCACUUUCUUCAAGACCAGCCAUCAGUCCCAAACCCAUGCCCUGGAGGAGACGCAGUGUGACAAGAUCUCUGGGGGGGAAAAACACAAAAGGAGAGACGAGCUUUCAGACUGAGCUCUCCCUGAUUUGCGAAUGUGUCUCCAUACUCCCUGUGUCUAGCACAGAUGAUUGAAUUUGCUGCAGAUGUUCAGGAUUCCUGACUCAAUAUAGUACAUUGUGCAGAGUAAGAAUGAGUACAUUGAAAGGAGAAAAUUUUAUGACCUCGCCCCCAAGACCCCUAACCCUUUUUUUUAAUUGCAUUUUUGCAGUUUUGCACGUUUCUGCUUAUGUCCAUCAGCUAGUCACGGGAGGGCUUUGGAGUAUUUGACAGUCUAAAUGUUUCUGGUCUUUUCCAGUGAUAAUACUGUACCACCACACGACUGCUCUUAGUUAUGGCAAGUUUGAGCUUUACAAUGUUCACCAUUGCCAUUUUAAACAUUGUGUGUGUAAAACUUUGUAAAAUACAUAUUUAUGAUUUAUGCUCUACACGUACACGGGAAGGUAUUAGCUGUGUAUGUGAUGCAGAUUCUUUUUUUUCUGUUGGUGUUUCAUUUGUAGCCACUGAGAAUGAAAUUACAACUUAACUAAUUUCAUGACAAGCAUACACAUUUUUUUUUCUUUUCUUUUUUUAUUAAUUACAGAUUGAUACCAAAGCUAGGUGUUCUGUGUGGCCCAGAAAACAUUUCUUGAAGUAAAUAUGAUUGUAAUGAAAUCAAACGAAAGUCGAUUUCCGUUGAAAUGGAAUUCUCCCCUGCACUGGCUGCCUUGAAGAGAUUGCAGCAGGCCAUCCAGAUGAGCAGUAAUUGAGAAUUAUCUGGAUGACAUCACAAUGCAUUGAUCUCCAGAAGUUUGUUAUGGCAACCGUUCCACCAGCUGCUAUUCUCCACAUGGUUCUAUGACUCACUUCAAGAGGUGCCUUUCAACCUGCAGGGAAUCAUUAAAAGUUGAACUAAUUUAAGUUGGCCUAAAUGAAUACCAAAACUGUUUGAUUGGGUAAUCAUUGUUUGGAAGAAAUCACCUGUUUUUUAACCACUGUACUGUAUAAAUAUUUUUGUAUGUUUUUUUUUUUUUUUGUGCUAGGAGGCACAAAACCAAAUUUCAUAGUUUGUCUCCAAGCAGUGUCUGUAAUUGUGAACAUAGC